GGUGUCUCUCAGAUAUCACUGUCGACUGUACAACGAGUGGCGACAGUCCAAUCAGAGAGUAGUCCUCCUCCUCCCGAGGGCGCACAGCGAGGCGUCAGCGCUGCACUCCUUACAAGGCUCACAGCGAGGGAAGCAGCCGUCCAAAGAGUCAAUAGUCUGAGUGCAGAGCUGGCCUGGAACCGGCUCUCAUCAGUGGGUGGAAUCCGUUCAUCUUCUGCUCUCUUUGAACUUUUUAAAGCACCGUGCCAUGUGUGAACGGCCACAGGUCCAAGCAGCACUUUAUUCUCAGAGACCAUUGUGAACAAAGUAAAUGACUGCCUCACCUGGACACGAGGGAUGCUGUCAGCUGUUAAACUGUCAGCGUUUUGGUUGACCAAAUGACACAAGGCUGAACACUGUGAUGUUAACUUGCAAGAGCACCACACUCUUGAUGAUCAAUCAGAUAUUUUUACCAUGAUGAAGACAUUAUGGCUCCACUGUAGGCACCUUCUUCAAACAACAAAGACAUUCUUAUUUCAGCAGCACGAGCAGACACAUGGAUAAAGAACUUUGCUGUGAAGUUGGUGUUAAAACUGUAAUCUGUGACAGUCAUGUGCCUCAGCUGAAAUUAAACAGCCUUAAAGUCCUCUCCUGGUGCAGGUAACCGCUACAUCCAAUCUGAAAGUCUAUUAAGUAGUCCAAUGACAAUUUGAUUGAUUGACUGAUUGAUUGAUAGGGACACACUUAAACCAAAGGCUAUUUUUGUAUUUGAAACAUUUUGUUGUUUGGUCUGUUUCAUGUGCGUGUUGAUGUAGAUCAAUAAAAUUCACUGUUCAAUUUAA